CCGGCACCUGUUGUCCCACCGCAACCUCCUUCCGCCCCGCCCCAGGCAAUGACUAUGGCGGGCCCCUCAUCAUUACCAAGCAAGCAGCAGCUCACCUCCCUCGUCGCAUCCUUGCCCGCCCUCUUCCCGGUCGCGACCAACGCAGGGUGGACGCCAGAAGCGAUGGCGGCGAGUCUCUCCGCGUACGCGGACUGGGCGGCGUCUGUGAGGAAGUGGCACGGCGAGCUGGAUGCGGCCGUGCGCGUGCUUGAGAGACCCAAGGAGGCGACGCUCGACGGCCUCCUCGACACAUGGAUCGCGACGCCCUACGCGACGCCCUUCACGCUCGCCGAUGCCGAGCGCGACCGCGAGAUCCAGCCCAAUACGCUGCACGCGUACCUCGUAAACGAAGUCACGCCCAACUACCGGCGGUUCCGCGCGCUCGCCGACGAACCGGUCGCCAAUCACAUCCCUGCCGCAGGAAGUGGCAGCGGGGCACAAGGGGAAAAGAAGCAUCAGGCGCUCGACGCCCUCUCCACUGCCCUCGACGACAUGCUCGCGGCCCACGUGCUGCCGCACAUUGCGCCAGGCCACUCCGCUGAUGUCGCGAGCGUCAGCUUUCUCCAGUUCGUCGUGCAUGAGCUCUUGCCCAGCUGGAUGCGGUUCCGCGAACGGAACGGCGACGCGGUGCGCCGGGCUGCGUACGGCGACGAAGUCGUGGGCCGGCUAGUCGAGACGCUCGAGGGCGCGCUAGAGGGUCAGGUUAGAUGCGGGUGUCAUCCCGAAGCGCUGCGGCAGUAGUGGUGGGGAGUAUCAGUCACGAUCUGUAGGGAGCGGGAGACGAUGAUCACGGACGAUGUAGACCAGACUCUUUUA